GCUGGCUGAGUGCUCUGGCCGCCGGGGGCGGGGACCGCGCAGGCGGGAAGCGUGUGAGCGGAGCCUACGUCCCCUCCAGUUCCUAGACGAGGCGGAGCUAGGUUCCCACACCAAGAAGUCUCUGAGCAGGCAGUCGGCGGCCCACCGGAUGUGGGACUGAAGUCUGCCAGAGUUUAGGGGCGCGGUGGGCGGUGCCAGGUGUUCGCUCAAGUUGGGCUUUGGACAUGAAAUUGACAACAGUGGCUCAGAAGGUUCCCAUGGAAGAAUUGUCUUGUGAUAUGGAAAUGGAAGGAUUUGUGAGAGAUGACCCCUCCUUGCUGGUUGUAGGUGGCAACUGGGAUUCUGAGAACCACAAGAGACAGCUGAGGCAAUCUGGUGUACUUCAGGAGAAACCAGAGGUUCAGGAAGCAGUUUCUGAAUAUCUUGGCUUUGGCGAGCAUUUGAGUGCAAGUUGGAGCCUUCCACUGUCUCAGAGAGUUUCUACAUUAAAUGGUUUCCAUGAGGCAGAUGCCAAAAUGUUAGACUGUGACCGAGCUUUACACAAUUACUCCAAAAAGUAUGCAAGCAAGAGAACUGGUGACAAUGAUGCCUGUGGAAAAUCCUUCCACCACUCCUUGGAAGUUACUCAGUUUGAAAGAAAUCAAAUGAGAGACAAGCCCUGUAAAUACCCUGAAAAUGUUAAAUCCAUCAACCAUUUUGCCCAAAUUGGUGAUCAAAAAAUAAUAAAAAGAGGAAAGAAACUGUAUGAAGACAAUGACUUUGGGCACAUCUUUGCCUUGAGCUCGUCUCUGAGUGAGAACAGGAGGAGUCACCUCACUGAGAAACCAUACAAAUGUACUGAAUGUGGCAAAUGCUUCAAACGCAACUCUUCUCUAGUUCUGCAUCACCGAACACACACUGGAGAGAAACCUUAUACCUGUAAUGAGUGUGGAAAAUCUUUUUCCAAGAACUACAACUUGAUUGUGCAUCAAAGGAUCCACACAGGUGAAAAGCCAUAUAAAUGCAAUAAAUGUGGGAAAGCUUUUAGUGAUGGGUCAGCUCUGACUCAGCACCAGAGGAUUCACACAGGUGAGAAGCCUUACGAAUGUCUAGAAUGUGGAAAAACCUUUAACCGAAAUUCAUCUUUGAUUUUGCAUCAAAGGACUCAUACAGGAGAGAAACCAUAUAGAUGCAAUGAGUGUGGGAAACCCUUCACUGAUAUCUCUCACCUUACUGUGCAUCUCAGAAUCCAUACAGGUGAAAAGCCCUAUGAGUGCAGUAAGUGUGGAAAGGCUUUCCGAGAUGGCUCAUACCUUACCCAGCAUGAGAGAACUCACACUGGAGAGAAGCCUUUUGAGUGUAUGGAGUGUGGGAAAUCCUUCAACCGUAAUUCUCACCUCAUUGUGCAUCAAAAAAUCCAUUCUGGGGAGAAACCUUAUGAGUGUAAAGAGUGUGGGAAGACAUUCAUUGAGAGUGCAUAUCUCAUCAGACACCAGAGGAUUCAUACUGGUGAGAAGCCCUAUGGCUGUAACCAGUGUCAGAAGCUUUUCAGAAACAUUGCCGGCCUCAUCCGGCACCAGAGGACUCAUACUGGCGAGAAGCCCUAUGAGUGUAAUCAGUGUGGCAAAGCUUUCCGGGACAGCUCCUGUCUAACCAAGCACCAGAGGAUUCACACUAAGGAAUCUCCAUACCGGUGUCUGCAGUGUGGGAAGUCCUUUAAGCAGAACUCUCAUCUGGCAGUUCAUCAGAGACUACAUAAUAGGGAGAGCCCCCACCAGUGUCCUCGGUGUGAGAAGUCAUUCAGGAGGAGCUCAUCCCUUGUUCGACAUCAGAGAGCACAUCUUGAACAGCAUCCUGUGGAAACAUAAAGAAUGCAGAUGACCAUACUUCUCCCAAUUGACUAAAAAACUGCACAAAGGUGGUGCAGCUUCAGAUGUGACUUCCUGGUCCUUAAGCUACCUAGAGAAUUGGUUAUUGUAAGACAUUCUAUAGCCUAGUUAAGCUCAUUAUUUAGGAACUGCUGGAGAAAACAUUAGAUGGUAAAUGUGAAAAAGACUUCAAGGAUCAUAAAGCCAGUCCAGUCAUGAUAGUGCAUACAUGGGAAUAAAACAUGAGAAUGUGAAGAGCACUUCCAUCAAGACAUCUACCAUUUUUCAGCAUGCCAGAAUUUGGAUGUAGUCAGUAAGUGAUCAUUAGAAGGAAACCUUUAAUAGGGAGCAUCCAUCUACUUUCUAGAAGCAAAUGCUUAUUAGAAUCAGACCUUGUGAGUGUAGUCAGGAAGAGAAGCUGUUGGAAGGAGUUUUCAACCAGCCGUUUUCUGUAUCAGCAAAGACUUCCCAGUGCACAACCCCAUAUACCACAACAACCACAGAGCUGGAGUUUGCUUGGUGGAAUUGUUUCUCUGUUAUAGUCCUCGGAGGACUCGUGGGAAACUGGACAGAACAUUUGCUACUGAAGGAAGAGUGACAGCAUCUUUGCUAAGACUAAAACCUGCUUCUAGGAUUGAAAAUGGUACUUUGAAGAAAAAUGUGUUGCUUUAGUUGUUCAAACUAUGAAAUAAUUAGUAGUUGUGUUUACCUGGCCACUUCCCUAGCCCCACUUUGUUCUUCAUUGAGGAUUUCUAAUUUAUUCUGUUCAGUCACUCUGACUUGUAAUUACAAGGGUUUUGUUGCCAUGUUGAAAAUGCUUACAAUAUGGCAAAAAGAAGCCAUAAAAUAGAUCACUCUCUUUCCUGUAAAGAUGUGUGCGCAUAUGCUUAUUAUAGCUUAGAAAUAGAUGAUAGAGAAAUAAAUCAUUAGGGUACUAGAA